AUGGCGACUUUCUUCGGGGAGGUGGUGGUGGCCCCAUCCCGCUCCGGCGUGGACGAUGAGGAGGAGGCCCGCGAGGAGACUCCCGAAGACCGGGAGAUACGCAGGGAACUGGAGAAGAAAAGGGAGGUCGACGUCCACUGGACCUUGGCGUCGGGCGGGACUACAGGGAGCUCUGCCGGCGAGCCGUUUGUGUGCUCUAAAUUUGUAGUAGCAAUAGGACAUAACGCUGCAGCUUUCCUGUCAUCUUUUAUUCUGGAUUCUGUAUGUUGGGAAGUGGUUGGAACUGUGAAGCUCUGGAAUGAGUGGUGUCGAACAUCCAACACAACAAACGUCCUCCCAACGGAUUCUUUCUGUUUGUUCUACCGAUUAAUAUCAGACCCAACAGUUUUGCUAUGCCAGUGCAGUUGCUAUGUUGCUGAGGAUCAACAGUUUCAGUGGCUUGAAAAGGUUUUUGGCUGUAUGCAGAAGGAGGGCUUGCAAGUAACCAUUCUUUCCACGUGUCCUGUGGCUGAUUAUAAAACUCAGGAAUCCACUUUAACGCUCCCAUCUCCAUUUCUGAAAGCCUUGAAAACAAAAGAAUUCAAAGAGCACGUCUGCUGCCCACUGCUGGAGCAGCCCAACAUUGUGCGAGAUCUUCCUGCUGCUGUUUUGAGUCACUGUCAAGUAUGGCAGAUUCCUGCAGUGUUGUAUCAGUGCUACACUGAUGUCAUCAAACUGGACACAGUUACGAUUGAAGCAUUCAAGCCUCUGCUUUCCUCUAAAACCCUGAAGAGUUUAGUCAAGGAUGCAUCAGAAAGCACAAAGAUUUUGAAGAAGUUACUGACAACCAAUGAAACUCACAAUAAUAUCUACAUCUAGAAAGGACAUUUAUGAUGCAGGCUGCACUUUUGUAAACUCAAGUUUCUUCUUCAGAGGACAUUUUGGAAUUGUAGUUGUUUCCUUAAAAGUGGAAUAAAUUCCAGUAGA